CAGAGUGAAACCAUUCCAGAGUGACCCACCGGGCAGGGCCAAGCGGAGCCAGAGCAUCCCCACCAGACAAAAAAACCUCGCUCCACCCCGGCCCGGCCUGCCCUGUGGCGGUGGCCAGUGGACUUUGCCCUGCAGAAGACGCCGUGCCACGGGGGCCCUCCAGGGCGGGUGGCCCAUCAGGGAUGCCAGCAGCUCCCCCGUGCAUCGCCUGAGCACGCUAUGGCAGACCUUUGCAGCGUAGCCCCCGAAAUCCUCGUCCCAGCCGCUAACGAGACACUGGAGCUGGCGCUGGGGAAGCAGGUAGCGCUGAACUGCACCGUGCGAUGGGCGGCCGCUGAGCGCUGCGAGCCCAUCCCUGCCUGGACCAAAGACGGGCAGUGGCUGGGCAGUGGGAGCAGCCAGGACACUGCCUGGUUUGCCCAAAAUGCCUCGGAGUGGCUCCUUGCCAGUGUCCUGCAGCUCAACCUCACACACGAUUCUGACUUUGGGGUGUUUGCCUGCUGGGUCGGCAAUGCCACGGCCACCUUCACCCUGCGGCGAGCGGAGGUGGCAGGGCACGUGCCUGCAGUGCUGGCAGCCCUCCUGGUCCUGGCGCUCCUGGUGCUGCUAGCCGGGCUCUAUGUCCGAUGCCGCCUGAGCGUCCUCCUCUGGUACCGGAACCACUACGGCGAGCUGGAGAUCAACGAUGGGAAGCUGUACGACGCCUAUGUUUCCCACGCCACCACCCCCGAUGACCGAAAGUUCGUCCACUUCAUUGUGAAGCCGCAGCUGGAGAACCGCUAUGGCUACAAGCUCUUCCUGGAUGAGCAAACCAUCCUGCCCAACUCAGAGCCAUCGGCCGACCUGAUCAUGAACGUGAGCCGGUGCCGGCGUCUCAUCGUGGUCCUCUCUGUCGCAUACCUGGAGCAAGACUGGUGCAACAGCAGCUUCAGGGAAGGGCUCUGGAGGCUGCUGGAGCUUUCCAAGAAACCCAUCUUCAUUGUCUUUGAGAGCCAGUACCGGGAGAUCACCCACCCUGCUAUCAGCCUGCUGAAGCAGCACCGCAGUGCCGUCACCUUGCUGGUGUGGCGAGCCGGCUCCAUGACCCCAUCCUCCGAAUUCUGGAAGGAGCUAUGCCUGGCACUGCCCCGCAAAGUGACCUUCCGAGGGACGGUGGGGGACCCACAGACCCAGCUGCAGGAGGACAAGGACCCCAUGCUGAUCCUGCACAGCAGCUACCUGGACAGCGGGGGAGACCCCCACCCCGACGGGGACCUCGGAACAGGCCUCCGAGGAUGUGUUUUCAGAAGCCCCCCACCUCCCCGCAUCAGUGGCCCCAGUGCUCCCACAGCAGAGGAGCCACAGCUGAGGGAGGGCCAGAGGCCCGAGAUUGAUGUCUCGGACCUGGGAUCACGCAACUAUGGUGCCCGCACGGACUUCUACUGCCUGGUGACAGAGGAUGACAUCUGAGCGGGGCUGCCGGCCAGUCAAGGCAGCAUCCCACUUCCCUGCGGGGCUGCACCGACCUGGGUCACAGCCGGAGGAGCCUGGGCUUUGCGAUGGGACCCAAGGCGAGGUCCCGGGGAAGGGCAGGAACCGGCUCCUUUCAGCAGCAUGCUGCGUGGGGGAGCACCAGCUUCAGGGGACACCCCUGGGUGCUAGGCCCCCCUCCCUCACCGCGGGCACAGGGACAUUCUUCGUGCGCUGGGUUGGGCGAUGCUCUCUGAGAAGGGCCGUGCCCAGUCCUGGCGGCUCAGGGCUGGGAAACGCCCGAUGGGAGAGGCCGAGGCACCUUCUCUCCUGUGGCAAUAAAAUGCUGCUGUGCCCA